UCAAUGCACUAUUCUGCUGCUUAUCAGUGUCUUUUUCUCUGAAGCACUGUCACUGAAAUGUUAUGUUUGCAUGGGGGAUCCAUCAAAUGGACCAUGCACAGAUAGUGUAAAUACCUGUCAAUUUCAGUGUGGCUCGAUGACCACAACCGUGUACGGAGGUGGCUUUAAACAAAGUCAUGUUACGAAGACGUGUGCGGAUCCCUAUUCGUGCAUCACUGGGAGCAUGAAUUUUGGGCUAAGUAAAGUGACCAUCAACUCUCAGUGCUGUAGUACAGAUCUCUGCAACAGUAACAAUGCACCAGAAUUGCCCCGCCGCUCGCCUAAUGGAAAGGCUUGUUUCACUUGUGAUGUGAUGGGCGAUUGCUCAAAGAUUUUGCCUUGUGAAGGUGAUGAGAACCAAUGCUUCACUUUAAAAGUUGAACUCAAUGGCAGGUCGGAGACUCAGAAAGGAUGUUCGAGCCAGCUCUUCUGUGGGAGCUACGCGGCACGUGCUAAUGUUUCACGUUUGUCGGGGGGUAACGAUUUAAAAUGUUGUGGGGGAAACCUGUGUAACAGCGCCCAGAGCAUGAAAGGUUUCUUCUUUCCGCUCAUAUCUGUAAUCUUCCUUUUCAUAUAAAAAUUUGUAACAAGUGGAAAUUGGAUCGUCAUCGUGCAGAAUAUGUAAAGAGUGCGUGAGAGAGUGUGCAAUAGUCCAUAAUGUGUGGUCGAGUGCUGAAGCUAUCUUUUGUAUAGGCAUAGUAGUACCAUCAUCAUGACGUAAUUUAUCAAUGCUUUUGUCAGUAGAGCAUAAUGACCUAAAAAAACAAAGCAUAAUGACCGCAAACCACUUGUGGAAAAUUAGCCAGGUUAUGAACCUCUAUGUUUUACUGUGGUGCAUGCAUGUAUAGGAUACAGGCUGGUCUCUUAUUUUUGCUUAUUUAAUAUGUUAAAAGAGCGUAAUUGUGUAGAUGUAG